UUCCAACUCAAAAACACCGGCCUUCUUCGCCCCAUGUCAUGACGCGCGUCGACCAGCGAAAGAAAAAUGCCGACGCCAUCGGUAGCCACAGUUGGGAGGAACGAAGGCAUUUUAUGUUGUUGAUUUUGACGGACCUCCGCUCUUCUCACAUCUUCCGAACCCAUCUCUUUCGGACCUAAGGAUUAGGACGACGGCUUCACCUCGUAACCGCUUUGCGGUGGCUGUCCUAUCCUCCCACCCUCUACCGUUCACACUAUUGGAACGUGCGAAGGGCGAAAUCACCCAGUGGUGGCUUUGCACAUAUGAGGAUUGUCUAUACUAUAAAUAUGCACCCACCCCUUUCAUCACCCCAUCAAGCAAGAGAGAGAGAGAGAGAGAGAGAGAGAGAGAGAGAGAGGAGAAGAAGCGAAAAAAAAAAAGAAGUAGAACUACAAUGGUUCUUCUUGAUAAGAUGUGGGACGACGUCCUCGCGGGGCCUCCGCCUGAAAGGGGCCUCGGCAAGCUGAGGAAGGUCUCCACCAAGCCCUUGAACGUCAAAGAAGGGGAGAGUAGCGGCGGCAUGUACCAGCGGUCCAUGUCGAUGCCACAGACGCCAACCACGCCGGUGACGCCGACGUCCGCCAACGCCCACACCCCGCGCCACGACGUGUGGCGGAGCGUCUUCAACCCCGGCAGCAACGCCGCCACCAAGAGCCUCGGCGCUGACUUGUUCGACAAGCCUAAGCCCAACUCCCCCACCGUCUAUGACUGGUAUCAGAUUGUAUCGUAUCAUUAUACAUAUCCAUCAUUAUAUUACACCCUUUUCAUGUCAUGGUUUCUUCUGCCUCGUGCAUUGUUUCUCUUGUGCAGGCUUUAUAGUGGUGAAACCAAGAGCACCCACCGCUGAUCUGAUCUGAGCUUGGCUGUUCACAGAUAGACAAGUGAAGAAGGUCAAAAAGACCAGAUAAUUACCCCCAGAGAGUAAUGUCUUUUGGGAUUUGCUGGUUUUCGUGGUAACCUACCUACCUAAUAAGCUAGCUUGCUACUGUGUGCGUGCGUAUGAGAGAGGUGUUUGGAGCCUCCUCUUUUAUGUUCGUUUCCCGUGAAUUAAGUAUCAUCUGCUACAAUGUCACCAUAUUAUUUCCCAUCCCUCCAUAAUGAUAAUAAAAGCUCGUCUUUAACUUA